UUUCCAGUCUGAGACGGAACCAUGAAUCCUGAUAUCGUUAAGGAAAGAAAAAAUGCCACGUUUGACGUCGAAAAACUGACCUUUAUUUUGGACGGUGGCCCAGAAAAGACCAGAAGAAGGCGAGAAAUUGAGUCACUCGUUUUCAGCGACCCAGACUUUAAGGAAGAAGACCCAAACUUCUUGUCCCGCAGUGAGCGCUAUGACCAAGCCGUUAGAAAAAGUGCCCAAAUGAUCCUGAAGCUCAGAGAGUAUGGUAUUGCUGACCCAGAGGAGAUCUACCACUAUAAGAGAUGUGUGCACCCUGACAGGCCAGAGCCCCUGGAUCUUCAUCUCGGGAUGUUCCUGCCCACACUACUCAACCAGGCCACCCCAGAGCAAAUGGACCGUUUCUUCAUGCCCGCCUGGACCCUAAAGAUCAUCGGCACCUACGCUCAGACUGAGAUGGGCCACGGCACACACCUUAGAGGGCUGGAGACCACAGCCACAUAUGAUCCAGCCACUCAAGAGUUUGUCUUGAACAGUCCCACUGUGAGCUCCAUCAAGUGGUGGCCCGGAGGACUUGGGAAAACCUCCAACCAUGCCAUAGUGUUAGCACAGCUUUACACUCUUGGAAACUGCCAUGGUCUGCAUGCUUUCAUCGUACCCAUCAGAGAUAUGAACACACAUUUACCCCUGCCAGGUAUUGUUGUUGGUGACAUUGGCCCCAAGUUUGGCUUCAAUGAAGUUGACAACGGCUUCCUGAAAUUGGAGAACGUACGAAUUCCACGGGAAAACAUGCUGAUGAAAUACGCCAAGGUGGAGCCAGAUGGAACCUAUGUGAAACCACCAAGUACUAAGCUGACCUACGGCACCAUGGUGUUCAUCCGCUCCAUGAUUGUCGCCGAGUCAGCUCGAGCCCUUGCAAAGUCCUCCACCAUUGCCAUCCGCUACAGUGCCGUGCGUCACCAGUCUGAAAUACGGCCAGGAGAGCCAGAGCCUCAGAUCCUCGACUAUCAGACACAGCAGUACAAGCUGUUCCCUCUGCUGGCCACAGCCUAUGCCUUCACUUUUGUUGGCCAGUACAUGAGGCAGACCUACCACCGCAUUACUGAAGACAUCAACCAGGGAGACUUCAGCGAGAUGCCUGAGCUCCAUGCCUUGUCUGCGGGUUUGAAGGCCUUCACCUCAUGGGAAGCGACCUCAGCCAUCGAGGUGUGCCGCAUGUCAUGUGGUGGCCACGGUUACUCUCGAAGCAGUGCCUUGCCGGACAUUUAUGUUGAGUUUACCCCUACCUGCACCUACGAAGGAGAGAAUACAGUCAUGAUGCUGCAGACUGCCAGAUACCUGGUGAAGAGCUACAAACAGGCUAAGGCAGGCCAGCAGCUGAGCGGCAUUGUGUCAUACCUGAACGAAGCAGAUGUGCGGAGGGUGCAGCCACAGCCCGUCGCUGCCAGGCCAACAGUGGUUGACAUCAAUGACCUGACUAGCCUGACGGAGGUCUACAAACUCCGAGCAGCCAUUCUAGUGGAGCUGGCAGCGAAGAGCAUCCAGCAGGAGCUGCAACGCAGGAAGAGUCAGGAGGAUGCCUGGAACAACAGCGCCAUUGACCUGGUCAGAGCCUCAAAUGCCCACUGUCACUAUGUUGUAGUGAAACUCUUUACUGACAAGCUUGGGGAGGUUGCUGAUACUGCAGUACACUCAGUGCUGUCAACCCUGGCUCUGCUCUACACCCUGUAUGGCAUCACAAAGAACUCUGGAGACUUCCUACAGGCCGGACUGCUGAGCGUGCCUCAGGUGAUGCAGAUUUCUAGUCGAAUCAAGGAGCUGCUGGCUCAGCUGAGGCCCAACGCUGUGGCCCUGGCGGAUGCCUUUGACAUCCACGACAAGAAGCUGAAUUCGGUCCUGGGACGAUACGAUGGGAAUGUUUAUGAGCACAUGUUCGAGUGGGCUCGCAAAUCCCCCCUCAAUGCUACAGAGGUACACGAAUCUUUCCACAAGUACCUGAAGCCUCUGCGGUCCAAACUGUGAACUGAUCCAUGAACCUCACCUCCUGGCCGGACCCUUUGACUCUGCAGGCUCAACAGUACUAAUCUAUCCCAUGAGGCUUUUUACUAGCUACCAGCUGGUAUAUUUCAAAUAUUAGCCCUCUUAAGGCCAUGGUAGAUGGCGAACUAACCCUAUAAGAUAGUAGAGAGUGAGAGAAGGGAAUUUAAAGUGAGUAGAUGUGUCUUAUGAAGGGAAAUGGAAAUGCAACCAAGACUGAAAAUUGAUAAAGUGAGCCCACUGAGAGACCUGAAGAAUAGCUUUAACACUAACAAUCACACAUUUACAAUUUUAGACUGACCUGCCUUUUGAACAGAACAUCUACUGCAAAGUAUUAUUUGUGGUCAGUUUUUUUUUUUCCCCCUCAAUUUCUUUGCUGCAUGCCUGAAAUUUCCUUUUUUCUUCUCCCUCUCUCUUCUAGCAAGUACAGAAUGUCUGAUUGUUACAUAAUGUGGGCAAUCGGCUAAUGGUAAAAUCAGGGUGACAAACUGUUGUUCUUAAUUAUUUGAAGAGGCUUUUGUUUGUCCAUAACAUUUAUCAAUCAUGGUACUGCUUAAGGAGUAGUUUCACAUCAGUGAUUCAACCAAGAUUCAACCAAUAACAUGGCAGACUUCCGUUUGUUUCAGAUACAAUUUUCGAUUGAAAAACUUUUUCAUAAAGAGAGAUUCUUCAGUCACUUAUUGUAAUAAAAUGAUCGUAAAAGUCACUGCUAACUGAUGGCUCACUUGAAAUCUGUGAUUUUGUUUUAGUAUCAAAUGUUCAGCAUCUGUACCCCAGAAAUGUGGCCGUUUUUAACAGCAUCUGCUGCAGUCGGCUGUAAACCCACGUCACCAGCUGUAGUCCCCACAAGCCUUUAACUGCCUAAAUCCUCCAGUUGUCUUAUUUCAGUCAAAAAGGUGAAUCUGUCUGCCUCUUCUCUUAUUUCUUAUUCCGCAUCUGUUCCCACACAAUGACCAACAUUAUGUCACAUGGCAAGUCCGCCGUAUUGGUGCUCCAUAAAUAGGAGCUGAGCUCACUGGACAGCUGAGAGGCAGUGUGCACAUUUGAGACGGUGGAAAAAAUUUGGGGCUGAGAGAAGAUCAAGUUCAGCACGCUAGGAUUCUCAAAGCUUCAGUUUCUGACAGUAUCGGCUCUGUAUCUGUAAAUGCUCAGCAUGAUUAUGUUAAGGUCUGGAUGGAUUUUUUUUGUUUUUUCAUUUAUUCUAACAUAUUUCAAUCUAAGAAAUCAAAAUGAAUUUGUUUACUAAAAUGUUCCUUUUAUCUCAGAGUGCAAUUGUUUAAGUGAUGCUGCAAAGCAGUAAAAUUAUUUUUUUUUUUAUUUUUUUAAUUUUUUUUUUUGUAAAUGACUUGUUGGGCAGUGAGCUUAAAUCUAAAACCUCGCUGUAGACGAUGAUGAUUUGUAUAAUAAUUAUUUGCCUGACCAUUAAUUCAGAAUGUUAUCACAUGACUCCUUCUGUUUCGAUCCUGUAUUUAAUGGUUUGGGUCUGCUGUAAGUUCUGAUGACAAAGUUGUUCGUAACACUGGUCUUCUAAUUUGUGCAGUCAUUGUGGGUGGGGAGGAGUUUUAUUUUCUUCUUCUUGACUCUAAUUCAGAAUAUUCUCACAAGUAAUUGCAUUUCAUUUGUUUUGUUUUUUUCACAAAACUAUUUUGAUUUGUUAAACGGUCACAAUGAUCACUAUAUAAGAGUAAGCUGUUUGAGGUUUGUUUUUGUUUUUUUCUUUUUUAAAAGCUAAAAUAAAAACAUGUUUCAAUGAGUAAGAACAGUUUUUAUGGUUGGCAAAUAAAGACAUGACCUGAAAUAUCA